CAGCUCAUUCCCCAGAACAGCUCGACCAUUUGAAAGUUGAAAGGCAUUGACCCGGUAUUACAUUGAUGCUGCCAUGAAGAGAACAGACUGCAGACGUAUGCAGCACGUAUUCCCGGCUACCUGCUGACGGUAUAAACCUAUCAGAACAGCGACUGCAUGCUGGUUCUAGACUCGAUUGAUAUGCCUUCAGUAUGGCCGCUUCAAUACUCAAUAGUUCUGUGAAGGUCGUGCGAGGAUUCCAAGACCUUUUAGGUACCCUUGCUGAUUCAAAUCCAUCCCUGGGCUUAGACACAGGCCUACUCGAGGAUGAAUUUGGGCGGUUCCGAGUGUGGUCGGGGAAUCUUGGAGCCUUGCAAAAAGGGCACAGUUCUCUUGAUUAUCGACUUCGAGAGUCUCCAUUACUAUCUUCAAAUACUCUCAAACUUCUGAGCGAGCUCGAAGAGAAUCUGUCGGAAGCGCUUGCUGUGGUUUCAGGGUCCCGCCUGCCAUAUGAACAGCAGGUCGCUUCCGCCGAGCCUGAUGAAGACGAGGACCAGGACGAUUUCUUUAGCGAAGACGAGGAUGAGGAAGGAGACGAUUCUAAUAAUCCAACACCACCUAUGACCGAGUUAGAGCAGCGCUUCCUCGAUGUAGUCGAUAUUAUCGACAAUCUCUACAAACUGUCCGUUAGGAUUAGACAACCAACGCUUCGAAACAGGUCCCUCAAAGCUGCCUCCUACCGUCCCAAGGAUCCGGAAACAGGAGUAGAUAUCCUCGAACAGUACGCACAGUGGGAUCUGCUUCACACCCGAGAACUGAUUACCUCGCUUCGGGAGGGCCGAACAAGUCAAGUGCAAAUAGAAAAUGAUGCUCUCGUUGACCACCUCAGCUUUGCUGUCACGCUGCGUAGACGGCAAUUUAAGUACUGGAAACGGCACCGAGACAAGCUAGCAGUACCAGUUAUGCAUGAAACCCCCGCUCAUAACAUUACUCCUGUGGUUGAUCGACCUGAUAUUCCACUCCAGCAAGAUUCGGCUCAACCUAAAAUUGAAAAUCCAGCAAUCACAGCACUGAAGCCGACCUCCAGCGAGAAGACUGGCAGAACACUUCUUUCUGGUACUGAAGUCACCCAGCAUCACCAAUCCUUGGAUGAAAUCAUCGAUUCGAAAAGCGUGACCAGCUAUGCGACAACAGUCCGCGAUCUUACCGGUCGUGGAAUUGAACUGCCACCUCCCCCAAAAUCUGCACACGGCGACAAGGAUUUCGAGUGUCCGUAUUGCUUUAUUAUCUGCCCAGCAAGAUAUGGAAGGGGAAGAUCAUGGCGAUCCCAUCUGCUCCAAGAUCUUCAGCCGUAUAUCUGUACCUACUCAGAGUGCGACAGCCCCACUCAGCUUUUCCGCAGUCGCCGCGAGUGGUCGGAACACGAGGCUAGCCAUAGAAAAGCCUGGAGAUGCCCAGAACAUCCAAAUGCAGUAUUUGCCAAUGCAUCCGGCCUUGAGACCCAUCUGCGACAGAGCCACGCUAAUAGUAUCCUGGAGUCUCAGAUAGAGACCAUUGUAAAAGUUGGCGAGACAUCCACCAUCGAUUCGCGAGAGAGUUGUCCAAUCUGCUUGGUGAAGGCUGAUGCUGAGGGCAUUGGUGAUGGUCUCCAAAAUCAUGUUGCAAAUCACCUUGAACGGAUUGCCACAUUUGCACUGCCUUCAUCAGAUUCUGCAGGUGAUGAUUCAGAUGGUGGUAGUAGUGUAGCUUCUCGCGGAAGAUCGCAGUCUACCACUUCUUCUCAAGACCUAGGUACAUUGGCUUCAUACAGUACUGGUGGUGACAUUUCCGAAGCUCAUCCUAGUGAUCCAGUCUCAACGGAUGUGGUUAUAGACCGACCUGUUGCGGAAGGGCAGGGUCUGCUAUCUGCGGAUGCACUCAACAGUGUUCCAGACUCCAGCUCCAACCGUUUGGAUAUACUGCUAUCGCAGCAAAAGGAUGGGCCCACCAACGAACCCGAGGAACCAGUGGAAGGCUCCGAGAAGAGGGAUGAGGAAGAGAAUAAGGAGACAGUGCGCGUGUUUACACAGCACGUACUAUCCUUCAGAGGCGCCGAAUUCCGUGGAAUGAGCCUUGCUCCUCGGUCGGGUUACUGGGAUGGCUCUGUACAAUUUUCGAACGAGCCGUGCGCAAAAAGUGCAAUGGAAGGGUUCAAUGCCAGUAUGUUCCAGGAUUUGGUAAUAAGAAGAGCUAACAAGACGCUCAACUUCACCUUCAAAUGCCUCAACCGGAACCCUCCUGUUAAACCAGAUGUUAAGGAGGCCUAUGCCGAAGGCAAUGCUGACAUUAACGCACUCUCAACAUCCUCACAGGUAGAUUUCGAUCUCUAUUCAAAUGCGCACUUGGAUGACACAAGUGCAACCCCAAUUCUUACUUUAGAUGAGAUUCCCACUAUCCAAUCAUUGUACACAACUGGAAAACUGCAGCAAAAAGACCAGAGCUACGCGCCAGAUGUUGCCUACAACCGUAUCGUGUCACUGUGUCUUCAUGACAUUACUCGCAUUCAGGUCGACGCAAUUGUCAAUAGCGCAAACAAAGCCAACUCGUUUAUGAAAGGUAACGAUACGCUGAACAGUCGUAUACAUAUAGCUGCAGGCCCAGGGCUUCAACGUGAAUGCAGAGAGGUUGGAGGAAUGGAAGAGGGCGGAGCGAAACGAACACUUGGUUACGACCUGCCAUGCUCCCAAAUCAUACAUACUGCAGUUCCAACUUACUCAAAUGCCAAUGCUGCAGCAAAGAUAAAGGCUCUCACAGGAUGUUAUACAGCCUCACUUAGUCUAGCUUCACAGUACAGCAUUAAGUCGCUUGCGUUUCCUAGUCUCGCGUCUGCCGGUCGAGGGUUUCCACCACGUGCGGCAGCAAGGAUUGCUCUUCAGACUUUACGAGAUUACCUGGACAGCAACCCAGCUCAUGGAUUUGAAAGGGUUGUAUUUGUUCUAUACACUCGGCUCGACACGCGAGCAUAUGAAGACCUGAUACCAUAUUACUUCCCACCUACCCAUAGCGAUAUCGAGAGAGCAGCACGAGUGAAAAGUAAUGCCCGCAGUUAUGUUGAAAUGGGGCACCAGAUACGUUCCGUCCACGAACAAUCACAAAAAAUGAUUGAAAGUCUUGUUGAUCUCGGAGAAAAAAUUCCUGAAUUCGACUUGUUCAAAAAUCCUUUGGUCCAGUCCAUGCUGGACAGGAUAGAGAUCAUGAAAAAUUUCUUCCUCACCAGAAACGGUCCAAUAUCCGGCAGCGUUGCUGCGCGCAUUAGCGAUCUUGACCUGAUUUGUGCGGUGCUACAGCAAUGCUGCGGAGGCGUAGCAGAGCUGGUAGAACGGGCAAAGGAUGGACACUCCACGCCAAAAGCACUUUGGGAGGAAUACAAUUUCCAUAUGAGGGUCAGCCAAUCCCUAGAUCUGAAGGGCCUGCUGAACUUGUGUUCAGAGUUUAUGGAAUGUCUCAUCGAAUCAGUCAUAAACUAUCGACCGGAUACGGUACAGAUGACCGCCGUACGAACAAGCCUUGAAAAAUACCACACAAGACACACAGGAAACAGUGGGGAAGACGCCAUGGAUAAGUUUGAGGAGGUGAUGUAUACUCGAGAAUUCCACCGCGACCCUCUACCUCACACACGAGCCGAUACCAUCACAAUCCAUCAGAUUCCCACACUGGCGCGGUUAUAUCAGACCAGUGAGCUCGAGCCAAUGCCCACAAAGAGCAUACCCGACAAUAAUCUGAAUUAUGGGGUUUGCUUUAUACGAGAGAGCAUUACACGUAUCGAAUGCGAUGCCAUUGUAAACAGCACCGACACAGGUUUCACAGGGAUGGGCACACUGGAUCGAACCAUCUUCAAAAAGGCGGGUCUUGCUAUGGAUGAGGCAUGCUCUAAAUUCACCGACCUUCAGCAAGGUGACGUGAGGGUUACACCUGGUUUUGCCCUGCCUUGCCGCCACGUCAUUCACGUCAUUCCCCCCAAAGUAUAUCGAAAAGACACGAAAGAUUUGCUUCGCCAAAUAUAUCGAGAAAUUUUAUGGACAGCAACAUCGCUGAAAGCAAGAUCUCUCGCUAUUCCGACGAUCGGAACUGGAACACUUAACUAUCCUUCGCGCGAUUGUGCCUCGCUAGCGAUAGAAGAAGUAAAGAGGUUUAUGGAAACUGUGAAUUUCAAUACUCGAAUUGAGACGAUAAUAUUCGUGGUAUACUCCUCAAGUGACGAGGCUAUAUACAAAAGUCUUCUACCUGUCUUUUUCCCUCCUGAGGAGGGAAAUCUGAAUAAAGCAAUACGGGAAGCUCGAACCUCUCCUGCGCCAGGGAAUGACUCGACUAUAAUCUCGGUAUCCACUCCUGGAGACGCAAUAAAGCCGAAACUCUCCUCCAGUGCCACAGAUGAGGCACAAAGUAAAGCAACAUCCGGCAAGGACGUAUCUAUCUCAAGAACAGGCUCUCCAGAACUCGAAAAACCCUCUCUGUUUGAGUUCGAAGGGCAUGCUCGGACCUGCUUAACAUGUCUCAAUAUGAGCGCGCUCUACGAUAAUGGCGAAACGCUAUGUAAGAUUGGGUACACCGCCGCACAAAAGAUUCUGCGGCGAUACACUGUGGUAAAUGGAUGUAUCCAAGACCUCAUUACUGGUGAACAGAGAUCUCAACACAAUUCUGACAGCUUUUCAAAGUUCCUUGCUCUGCAUCGGAUGUUUAGGAAAAGCUAUCAAGAUGAAGGCCGAACCCAGCCGUUUGUCAGUCUGGAUAUCUCCUUCGAAGACCUCGUGGCAAGAAUCCAGUCACAGAUUCCGCACACGUCUCACGUGACACCUCUGGAUGAAUCACAUGCAACAAGCUCUGCCGUUACUCCAACGGAGCAUCAUGCUGUUAUCUUUGAUGACGAGUAUGAUUCGGCGAGUCAACUUUCCCCAUAUGCAUGCCGUAUUAUCAUCCGGCCUGGUAGCGCAGAUGUGGUGGCACCAGAGGAUGCGUCUGAUAUAUCGCCACCUCCGAUGAUGCUAGAGCUCACCCAAUCGGUGAACAUUCAGAAGGUCACCGACACAGAGAUCUUGGUCCAUGAUGUGAAAAGGGGCCGUGAUAUCUUUUUCCGGAGCCAAACACCUGCAGCAAGCAAUACUCUUAUCGAGAGCUUAUGGCAUGCGAGGACCUUCCAGAGCACUCGGGAUAAUCCAACACCGAUUUUAGUACAGGAAAGGGUAAGGGCUGGUGAGAGCUCACAGUGGUCAGAUGUUGAAUCGUUCCUGCGUCAGCGAUGGCCAGAAGUGACUGAUUUCAACGAGCAAUUUGUGGGUGAUUCAUGGGUGUUCGAAGUCCCUGAAAAGUUGACUAUGGAAGAACACAACACAAUACACACUUUGAUGGGCCAUGGGCGCCGCCCGUCCAACUCCAGUGAUGAUUCUAGUGGCCCGGUCUCACCUCAACACUAUUUUCGGCGCAAAGAUGUUGAACACAGUAGACCGAAGCCAUCACUGCUAACCAAGCAGCUCCACGCAUCUGACAUCGAAGAUGCACACCCGCGUCGGAUUGGAACCCCAGAACGAGAGCUCAGCACUCUGGACUGCCGUGAAUCCAUGUCCCGACUGAACAUCCCUAUGUCCGGCCGGUAUGAAUACUUGAUUAAGCGCCUGUUGCAACCUUUUCGAGGCGAAGAUUCAUACAGUUUACAGGAACGUAUACGCUACAUUGCGAAAAAGAAUGAAGUUGAUCCAUUCCUUCUCGCACGAACUUAUACAGAUAUGGUAAAUUCAAAGAAACUAGUUGAAACCGAAGCAGAUAACACGGCUGCUGAGGCUAGUAGUCCCAAACCAGGACAUGAAGUUUCAACAGCGACUUCACAGCCUGGAUCCGUCGAAAACCAACAGUAUAAAGGAAAUGACUCCAUUCGAUCUAUGCCAAGACGUGGGCCACCCCUCGCAGAAAGGCCACACGCCUUUGACAUCUACCAUGACGCCAACGAGCCGAAAGAACAUGAUGUAGAACCUUCAGUAGAUGUUGGGGGGAUACCUGCCGAGCCGUCCGAAGUGCCUAUCGAACAACCUUACCUGAGAAGACAGCUACCAAUAGACGAAUCGUUGGCGGAGAAAACAAUCUUAGACUCGAUACAUAUCUGGGAACUUUUGUCAUCUCUGCCGUUUAAAACGGAGGGCUACCACCAAGACGAUAUUGCACAGAAACUCAAUCUAGAUCCUGCGUCUAUGGCGCGUGCCGGGAAACAUCUCCAAAUGCAAAAGACCAUAUACACUCCAGUUGACGACUUCCACUGGCGACUCACUGGGACCCGAGAUAUCAGCCUCGACCCUGGAGACGUCAAUGAGAGCACCUUUGAGCACACUGAGCAGAAGAAGCAGGAAGAGGAAGAAGGUGAACAGUAUCCAAAUGCGAUGCCAUCAGCCCACGCCAUGCACGAAUACGUGUCAUAUCUCAGAUCACCUGAGGCAGACUCCGAGAUAGCAAGUCCCGUGGAAGACAUGGUUCGAAAUCCACGUCCAACCACUCCUGAUCCCGACCAGGCAGACCCGAUCCCGCCCGGAUCGAGAUGGACGAAGAUCAAGAAGCAGCUCGUCGACCCUCAGACAUUAAUUGAUUCGGGCAUUGAGUUUGAGGAGCAGGGGGAUUCGGUCGUCGCGUUCGAAGUGCUGAGUGCAGACACAAUUACGCGGUUGGCUGUUGAGACAAGGAAUAACCGGAUCGCAGAAGUAUUGCUAGAAAAUGAGAGGAAGGAGAUGCAGGGGAAGGAUGGGACUGUUGAUGAGUGAUGAAUGUGAAAAAGGGACUUGGUGAACGGGUAGCACAGUGGGAAGAAGCACAGGGCUAGACAACUUCAAAAAGCUUUGUAUUUACAUGAUGAUAUGAUAAUCGACGCCAUUUAUGAAGAUUAUAUAAGCGACCAGAAAUCACGCACGCGUAGUAGUAUAUUAUUCCUUUUUAUUGUUGCAUCUAGCUGGAUCCAAAUUCCC